UUUGGUAAUUGGGUAAUAGCCCCCCUCUUGGAACUUUGAAAAACAAAAAAGGACGAGUCAGGUUCUCCUUGGUUGAAAGUACCUUUUGCUGAGUAAUCAAUAUCUUUCAGAAACAAAAAAGAAGAAUAAAAACUCCUUACUUUGUUAACCUUUCCUUUAGUUAAAACAAAAGAGAAAUGCUUGGUGUAUAUAAAAAUCUUACAAAAGCAAACUUACAAACUAACAUGGCUUAGUCGGAUUGUAAAAAGUAAAUAUAAUGUACCACAUCUCUGCAAGUCUAGCACUUCUCAAAACAAAAUAUGGUUUCUAUCACAAGAUAUGUACACACAAAAGAGAGCUAGAAUAAAAUAUGGGAUUUCUGAAAAACAUCGAUUUAUUUUGUACCAUUUUGCAGACAUUAGCCUAUCAUAACUCACAGCAAUGCCUUCCAUGCCAGUUCAUACCUAAAAUUACAGAAGAUCAUACCAGGUACUACAGAAACAAAAACAAUUCUACAGACAAAAAGGAGAACCACUAGCAACAAUAAUUGAUGGAGCUGUUCAACAACACCUCACAUACCAGGGAUCCGCAUUAUGCUAACCGCCACCAAACUUAGCAGUACAACAAUGUUUAGAGACCAGGAUGGAGACAUAGAAACCGAUGAAGAUUCCGGCAAAGACUCAGAUGGUGGAAAGGCUGCAUCAUGUGCAGGAGCAACCGUAGAAUCUGGGUUUGGAGGGCUCCGGCUGGCAGGGAUGGUAGGCAGUGAUGACUCAGAUGGAGGAAGUGCCACACCCCCAGGAGAAGGAAAUAAGGGACUAAUGUCUGGGGAAAGAGCUGGAGAGGACACAGGAGCACUUGGCAAUAAUGCAGGCGCAGCUGAAAUGGUUGAAACACUCGUUCUCAUGUUUAGUUUAGAUGCCAUGGCUAAUGAAGAAUAGGCCAUCAAGACAGUUAACAUUGCCAAUAUCGACCGAAAGGAAGCCAUUAAUGAUGAUGAAAUCAAUUGCGUGAUAAUGAACAGAAACAAAAAUAUGUUUCCCAGACAGAGAGAGAGAGAGAGAGAGAGAGUGGAAGA